AAAUGGAACGGGAUGGGGGUAUAUAAACAAGAACUCUAGAGACACCCAGCACACCUCGACUUACUCCUUUGGUUUUCACUCGCCUCGGAAAGCAGCAAGAUCAACAAAAAUGGCCUUUGCCGGACUUCUCGCUGACGGUGACAUUGCUGCUGCACUUGAUGCAUGCGCUGCUGCUGACUCCUUCAACCACAAGAGCUUCUUCGCCAAGGUUGGUCUGAGCGGAAAGUCCGCCGAUGAUGUGAAGAAGGCCUUCUACAUCAUUGACCAGGACAAGAGUGGCUUCAUUGAGGAAGAAGAGCUCAAGCUGUUCCUGCAGAACUUCAAGGCUGGUGCCAGAGCCCUCACCGAUAAAGAGACAAAGACCUUCCUUGCUGCUGGUGAUAGUGAUGGCGAUGGCAUGAUCGGAGUUGAUGAGUUUGCUGUUAUGGUAAAGGCUUAAAUACCAACUGACCAAGAUCCGCUUCUUUUGGAACAAGCACUCCUUGCAAGCAACCAUUUUUCCAACAUUUGCAUAUUUUUUAUACCUUAUUUAUGAGUUGCAUUUGGACAGUUCAGCAAUAUUGAGCAAGAUUGUUCUAAUGAAUUGCUGGUAGUUCUUCAGUUGUACAGUAUUUUAUGUUCUCAACAAGGGUUUGUGCAAUUGUAAUAUCUAUUUUGCACUCCAGGGGAAGAGUGAAAACCCAGGAAUAAAUGACAGUUUUGGUGUA